AUGUUAGCCAUUGCCAAUCCAUUAUCGCCAGACUUUUCCAACUGCCAUUCGUCGGAAUUGCCUUCCCAUCCAUUAAAACCGACGGGUCUUCAACAUACUCUACCACCAUCUGUUUCUGCUGAUAGAGCUUUAGUACCCCAGCAGAUUAUUAAUGAUGCUCCUGUACAUGGUGACCUUUCAAAUCAUGAAGGAGAUACUAGCUUUAAGGUGGAUUCUCUAGUGGAAGAUAGUUUUCCAUCAGGGGAAACUAUAAAGUUGGAUUUUCCUCCACCCCCACUCAAGCCGGUGGACGAUAAAACUGUCCAGAAGAUUGAAGUUCUAUGCCAAAUCUACGAUUGUCUUGAUUUGUUGUUGCUGAAGUUGGACGCGGAAGCCGCCCUUGUUGGUUGUGACUGUUGUCGUGAUGCCGACAACAAAUCAUCAUUGGUUGUUUCUGUCAUCACCGUUGCUGGCUGA